CCAUGGAGAAGCAACCGCGUUGCGAUCUCCGAAGCAGUCAAGCAUCGACACCACCCUCCAUUAACAACGCGCCGCGCUCCGCCGCACUCUUCCUUCCACCACCACUCCUCCUCCUCCUCCUCCUCUUCCUUAUAAGAACCCCCCUCCCCCUCGUGGUUGUUACCUCGAAUAACUUGCCAGCAGAGAAAGAGGAUAUUCUUCAAGAGGUGGAGAAAGAGAGGAUUAGGAAGAGGAUAGAAUUGAGGCGGCAGCCGGCAGGUGAUCGAAUUGAUUAGCGCUCUUGUUCCAGUCUAUUUCGGAUAGAAAGGCGAAUCUUUGUGAGCAAAAAUUUGCUCUUUUUCGUUUGGGGGUUGGCUUCUUCAGAUGCCGGAGGCAGGCUGCCCUUAUUGCUCCAAGAAGAAGGAUGUUAUCUGCGGGAAUGUCUGCGGAGGGGCUUCAAAAGCAGCUCUGAGCAUGUCGCGGCUGAGAUGCGCACUCAGUAGAUUCGAUCUCAAGAUAUUGUUGCUUCUCCUGGUUGGUGCCCCCAUUCUUGUAUUCAUCAUCUAUGCCCAUGGCCAGAAGAUCACCUACUUCCUUCGUCCGCUGUGGGAAGCCCCUCCGAAACCCUUCCGAAUGAUACCCCAUUACUACCACGAGAAUGUCCCGAUGGAGAACCUGUGCAAGCUCCAUGGUUGGGGCAUUAGGGAAAUUCCGAGGCGCGUCUUCGAUGCCAUCUUGUUUAGCAAUGAACUCGACAUCCUUGAAGUCAGGUGGAACGAGCUUAGCCCUUAUGUGUCAGAGUUUAUUCUCCUCGAGUCCAAUUCGACAUUCACCGGCUUGAGGAAGCCCCUUGUUUUCGCAAAGAAUCGCCAGCGUUUCAAGUUCAUAGAGUCACGACUGACCUAUGGAACUGUUGGGGGAAGAUUUGUGAAAGGUGAGAAUCCUUUUGUGGAAGAGUCCUACCAGCGAGUUGCAUUGGAUCAGCUUCUCAGGAUUGCCGGCAUCACUGAUGAUGACUUGUUGAUCAUGUCCGAUGUGGAUGAGAUCCCUAGUGGUCACACAAUCAACCUACUCAGGUGGUGCGACGAGAUACCGGAGAAACUUCAUCUCCAGCUCCGCAACUACCUCUACUCUUUUGAGUUCUACCUUGAUGAUGAUAGCUGGAGGGCUUCAGUUCACCGGUACAGAACUGGGAAGACCAGAUAUGCUCAUUUCCGCCAUUCCGAUGAUUUGUUAGCUGAUUCCGGGUGGCACUGCAGCUUCUGCUUCCGACACAUUAGUGAAUUCAUUUUCAAAAUGAAAGCGUACAGCCAUGUUGAUCGUGUUAGGUUUGCCCAUUACUUGAAUCCUGCAAGAAUUCAAGGUGUCAUAUGCCGUGGAGCAGACCUUUUCGACAUGCUGCCUGAGGAGCACACUUUCCAGAAGAUCAUUGCCAAGUUGGGACCCAUUCCUAGUUCAUACUCCGCCGUCAAUCUUCCAGGAUACCUAAUUCAGAACGCCAAGAAAUUCAGAUACCUUCUUCCGGGAAACUGCAAACGAGAACGCGGCUAGGUGAAUUCCUGGCCCUUACCAUUGAGAAUGUCGAAGUACCAUCCAUGAACUGCAGAGUGUAGGCUCGAAAUGGAGAUUUCUUUCUUGCGAGUGGAUGAGUUUUGCGAAGCGCCGGGCGAGCACUGGGCUUCUCAUGCCACUACCCUUCAACCACAUUACUUUUGAUGAGAUUGUAGUUUCAUCCACCCGCUCAAUGAGACCAGUUCAUUGUAAGUAUCAUGGGAGAUUGUCCAUUUCUUCCUCCUCUCGGUAUGUGAUACUGUAUCUCAAUUUUGUAGGCCCAGAAUGAGUGACAUUUACAUAAUUCUUAUUUCCGGGAUUCAGUUUUCGGUCUGAAUCAGUUAAUUCAUUCAUUCUUUCUGUCAGCUGACCUCAUUUUCUCUGUAAACUAUGUGUGAUUGUAAUACACUGAUUUGGUUGAAUUCUCCAUAUGCAUUGGUUGCUUGUUUCAGAUUCAAA